AUGACAAUUACAUGUUUAAAUCAUAAAAAAACAUCUAAAUUUAUUUGUUAUCAAUGCAAUAGUUUGAUGUGUUCAAGAUGUAUUAGCAUUCACAACAAAGAACAUCCUGAUCAUUCAGAUAAAUGGGAACAUAUCGAUGACAUCAAAGAUUCAUUGAGUACAUUGAAAUUAGAUGAUAUUAUUGAUACCACCAAUACAACAACUAACAAUGAUAUUAGUAAUGACAGUACUAAUAGUAAUAAUAAUAGUAUUUCACAAAUCAAUAAUAAACUUAAAUCUCUAUGGGAAUCAUUAAGAUCAUCGGCAUCCAGAUAUCAAAGAUUAUCAACAACAGAGAAUGAAAUCAAACAACACUUUGAACAAUUACAUCAAUAUCUAAUCAGAGAAGAACAUAAACUACAAAGAGAUAUUAUCAAUGAUAAACAUACAAUCACAAAUCAAAUCGAUAAUAAUAUAUUGAAUUUGAAAUAUAUUGUUAAUAUUAUAAUGAUAUUCAACAAAUUAAAUAUUAAUGAUAAUGAUAAUAAUAAUAAUAAAGUUAACACUGACAAUAAAUCAAUGAUAAAUAGUAAUAAUACUGAUAAUAUUUGUGAUGAUCAGUCGAUAAUAUCAGAUAAAGCAUCAUUAUAUUCAACAACAACAAUAAUGGAAUCAAUUCGAUCAAAUUCAUCAUUACAAUCAUUCAUCAAUCAUAAUAAUCAAACAUUAUUCAAUGAAUAUCUUGAUUUAUUCAAUAUCGAAGAACUUCUCAAACAACACUCCAAUGAUUCGACAUCAUUAUUAUUAGAUAUCAUUCAUAAAUACAACAAUCAAUUCAAUAAAUCAACAACAAUCACAGACAAUAAUAACUUAACAUUAUCAUCAUAUAAAUUAUCAAUCAAACAACCUGAUUUCAAUCAAUUGAAUUCAAUCAUUGAACAAUCAAUCAAACUUGAUAACAUUGAAUCAACUGAAUCAAUUAAUACAACAACAAACAACAAUGAUAAUAAACAAUCUUAUAUUUUCAUAACACACCAAUUAAAAGGAUCAACACAUCAAACAACUAUCCGAUUGAAGAGCUAA